UCAGAACCCAUUACUGAGUGGAGGUGACCUGUCAACAAUGAUUGAGAGAGUACCGCAGGGGAACAGUUCAGGAGAGGGCUACUCAAAAUACCACAAUCGAGGAGGGGUAUGUUUAACUAAUAACAACUUGAGUCUCUACUUAACUUUCAUAAUUACAUUAAUUUGCAGUUAGUUAUCAUUUACCAUGGAUCUAGGACAUACAAUCUCAGAUAGGACAACACAACCAUUAUAAUUUCUACACAUUAUUCAUCAGUACCAUCAACAUCAUUACUGUUUUGUGUUUCCCUCUGCUCUGGUCACAGGAAACAAAGCACUUUGCCACUACAUCACCAAAACCUUUAGAUUGUCCUUUGAUGUCUCUUCAUUUUAUAACUGGUUUAUUUAUUUUGCAGUUAACUGGCUCAGACAGAAGUCUUAUGAAUGCUUUCAGAGAAAUUGGUGUUAUGGCUGAUAGGAUAAAUCUUCCCAGGAAAAUUCAGGUGAGUAAUCUUGACAUCAUAGAAUACAUCAAUUAAUUUACAGAAUGCUGAAGUUGUUACAAAAUGCCAUAACCUAUAUUCCACAAGUGUAGGUGGUAAGAAAAUUGCAUUGUUAUUACAAAAUGCAGCAGAACAGAGCUAGUUUAAGACAUGUUAGAUGUAGUUCCUCUGGGACAAUCAGGAUUAAUUUUAUGACCCAAGAUUACUCAGAUUGGCCAUGAUGCAUCACAGGAACCACUACAUCCCAUUUGGACAAGGAUUUGUCAGUUCCUUUGACACACAAUGGCCUGAGUGAUCUUAGAUUGUAACUCCAGAUCAGAUCUGGAGAAUCCCAAGCAAACAUGCUCCCUAGAAGUGGGUCAAUACACUAUAAUUUUGUCAAUUUAAUAUUUUAUGUAGUGAUAAAGUGGGUGCCUUCUUCUUUCUCAGGACCGUGCAAAUGAGCUUUUUAAACAAGUUCAUGAACAAAAGAGUUUAAAAGGAAGAAGUAAUGAUGCCAUUGCAUCUGCUUGUUUGUACAUUGCCUGUAGACAGGAGGGUGUACCUAGGACGUUUAAAGGUAUGAUCCUCAUAAUGUCUGUCUAAUGGAAAAUGCUCAAAGGAAAGAAGUCAGUUGGCCGUAGAACUAUCUGUAACGUAAAAAAAACGUAUAAAUAUAAAUAACUUAUUGCUAUUAUAAGUUUUUUGGGUGUUGCAGAUGGCUCCAUCACCAAGUGAAACAGAGCAGAAUAUUUUCAUAUAAUGGCUACGUCUCAGUUUUGCAAUUGAGUUGACAAAAAAAUAUCACCAUCAUUUAAUAGGUGCGAUGACCCAAUCAAUGCAGGUCUGCAUUAAUUUUUCUCCACCUAAAGUGAUCUUUCCCCAUCCUUGUGUAUUUGUUAUGGUUCAUCUUAAACCAGUCCUCGAUUUUCUCCAUUCAUUUUGUUCCUGUUCUUCUUUAUCCUUUUCCUUUUUUUUAUUUUAUUUUCGGUACCUAAUUACCACUGUACACCAUCUUUUUUUCUUAUAUAUGUAGCCUGUUCCAGGCUCCGAGAUAGUGGUGAAAAGUCGUUCAGUAAAAAGAAAUGCGAAAAACGCGCGGGGGCUGAGGAGAGACAGGGCUCCCAUUUUUCUCGCCGUCACCGCCCCCUUUCCCAAGUCGCGCGCGUCUUAUUUUCGCUUUGCUCGUUUUAAUAUGUCCGCACUAUACUAUCUGAGAGCCUGGCACAGGCUAUUAUAUAUGUGGCCAAAGUAACGAGACUUCCUCCCUCCGCCCUUUAUAGCAAGUUUGGAAAUAUCUAACGUAGUAACGUGUGAAACUUCUUGUCCACAGAAAUUUGUGCAAUUAGCAAAAUCUCCAAGAAAGAAAUAGGUCGUUGUUUCAAGUUAAUAUUAAAGGCCCUGGAAACAAGCGUUCACCUUAUUACAACAACGGAUUUUAUGGUCAGUGAGAUAAGUGUCACUUUUUAUUUAGUAACUCUCAAUAAAACUAAGAGCCAAAAAGGGUUGAAGUUUUACGGCAUCUUAUCAGUACCUUUUCUCGAAUUUUCGCUAGAACUCCUUCACCUAUCUUUGUUGGUAAAAAAGAUUCCAAAAAACCCCUGAUCAAUGACUUUCGGAAAUGAGAACGUCCAGUUUUGUGAGUUAUUGAAUAUAGAUCAGACGGUGUUAAUGCAACCUUUUUAUCGAGAAGAAUAUGUGAACAGUGUAUCAAAACUAUGCGUUUUAUAUCAUCAUGCUGUCGGAAAAAGAAGUGGGUGCUUGAAGAGGUAUUUAAAAAGUGCUGGUUCGACCCAAGUUUUCGUCCCAAGUUGACUUUGUUUCUUGUCAUCUUGUUUGUGUUUCAGAGUGUGAGAAAUUGUAACGUAGAAAUGAAUAGUAAGAAAAGGCUGACAACAGGAUGUCAUGUUUACGUGAUUAAAUGCACAACCUUGUAAUGUUUCCUUUCUCUCUUUCAGUCAAGAUUUUGUUCCAAUCUUGGUCUCCGAGCGGAAGUACAGAAGGCAGCUACACAUAUCGCCCGUAAAGCGGUUGAUUUAGAUUUAGUUCCUGGGUAAGUCUGAUUUUCUCGUCAUUCACGAAAAGCCCGCACGAAGCUGUUCGAAAGAAAGGAACUCGUGAAAUGAUUGUCUGGAGCCAAAUUUCUGUCCAUAUUUGCCCAACAAAUAAGUACUUAGCAAAAUUUUGUGCGGUACGUACUGUUUCCUUUUCCUCUUUCUUCUUUUAGGCGGAGUCCGAUUUCAGUUGCGGCUGCAGCCAUUUACAUGGCAUCCCAAGCGUCAGAUGAAAAAAGAUCACAGAAAGGUUUUUGAUAUAUCGUAAUUUAUGUUCGUUUAUGAAUCUCCUCCAAAUUGGGUUUUGCAUUAGUGUCUGGUUCCUUUACUUGUGAAAUUUAUUUGGUAAUAUUAAUUUUUCCAUAGACUUUUUGUGCACGUUCUCCUAAUAAAAAUAAGAUUUACGAUAAAAAAGAAGAAGGCGAUACUGUAACAUGUUUGAUUAACUGUAAACUCAGUUCAGAGCCGGACUGAAUGUCGGUAGUGCAAGUAUUUGCCAUUCAGUUGUGAGGUCAUCUUUGUUGUGCGCUUGUUCUUACUACAGCUGCCGAGUGUCUCCGAUUACCGAGGCACUCGCUCCGAGCUAGAAGCUUUGAGAUUUUAGUCAGUGCUAGCCCGUUCCAGGCUCUCAGUUAGUAGGGAUGACGCGAAAGUGAAAGCAAGUGAUCUGGGAAAAGGGGGUUCAACCCGUUUUAUUUUCGUGUUCGCACUUUCUCAUAUUCGCGGACCCGACCAUCUCAGAACCUGGAACAGGCUUAGUCAGUGCUGUCUCCUAGCUGUUUCUUGGUUUUUCAUAAACUGUAAAUUUUGUUAGCUUUCUCCCCCUGGCUAGGUCAGUGUUUGAAUGGGUGGGUAACUCUGUAAUAGACUAGAUAUUGUCAUGUAGCAAUUUAUUCCACAGAAACAAAGUCAACGUUCUUAGCUUAUACAAUUAGUGGCGGAUUUAGGGUAGAGGUUACCAGCCCUCGACUUAUCCUCAGAUCGAGACAAGAACGCUUCAAGGGCAAUUUUUUUCUAGUUUUAACUGAAAAGGUUUUUUGCCCUGUUCCACCAAUGCUGCGCAACUUGCCAGAGGUAGAUCAAGCGCUUGACCGGUAAGGGGGGCGAAGGCGCUUUCGGCGUGUUCGUUUUGGUCCGGCCUCACCCCUAAAUCCGCCACUGUUAUCGCACGGUAGCUUUUGAGCGACGACAUCUCUGUUUUGCGUCUUCUCAAAGGUUAUUUUGUAACCCAACAUCUUUUUCCCUUUUUUUGGUAGAAAUCGGCGAUAUUGCUGGUGUAGCUGAUGUGACGAUUCGACAGUCCUACAGACUCAUAUAUCUCCGCGCAGCUGAACUAUUUCCAAGCGACUUUAAAUUUGUUACACCGGUGGACAAGCUUCCAAACCUUUGAUUUUCAUGUUCCUCUUAAACUCUGUUGUCAUUAUCAGACUGUUUCUUGUCUUGGACUCUUUAAGUGUUUUGCUAUUGUUAACAGCUCAUCAGGAAAGACACAACUGGAGGACAUUUUCUUUAAUACUAAAGAUUCGAACCUCCAGAAGAUAACAACCCGUUUGGUUCGCUAUUUAGUUCGGGGUUUUGCCGUGACCUAAGCACAGCUGGGCAUAUCUGAUCGUAGAUAUGAGAUACAAAACCCUAGAAGUAAACCGAUAAGCACGGCUGGAUCUGGAAUAAAAUAAAACUCAUUUUCACAAGAAAGGUUGUGAACGUAGCCUCAUUUUGAAAGUGAGGGUUUUUUGAACUCGGAAGUGGCCUAUUGACUUGAUGAAAAAAAUGUUUGUUUGGCACUCCCUUUCGUUUGCGACUUUCCUUUAACGGUUUUAUUUUACAAGAUCAGCCUUUGCUCAAAAAGUUUAAAAAGGGAAAAAAAAAUAAAAUGAAAGCCGGUCGAUACAACCCACAAAACGAGGCUCUUACCCAUCUAACCUUUCCUUUUUAAACUACUAGCAGUAACUGGUUAUUGUGUUCGUUUUUGCCUCAUUAUAAUCGGUGUUUGUGCAUACGCCACAGGAAGUCAGACAAUAUUACAACCAAGCUGUAGUGCACAAUUUAUUUUCUGCCAUAAGAAUACUACU